GCGCGCUGCACACACACCAAGGGCGAGCAAAUUGCCUUGCAAUAAACAAUAGCCUCCUGUCGCUGCACCGCCAGCGCCUCCUGCCGAGGUCAGCCCCUCGGGAGCUGUCCAGCCCCGCCGGGAGCGCGCCACUCCGCAGCGGCAGCCAGAGGGGCGGCUCUGUGUGCAGCCUGGCUUGCGGAGCUCCGCCGCCUCCGCCCAGCCAGGCGCUGUCCCUCCCCCGGGGUGCUGAGCCGGAGCGCCGGGGGCCACCCUGGGGCAUGGGAAGGGAAGGCGGCAGCGAGCCCCGUCCUCGCCCCGCGCCCCGCCUCGGCGGGCCUGUCUGCUGACCCGGCAGACCCGGCCAUGGAAGAGGAGCUGAAGUGCCCGGUGUGCGGCUCGCUGUUCCGGGAGCCCAUCAUCCUGCCCUGCUCCCACAACGUCUGCCUGCCCUGCGCCCGCACCAUCGCCGUGCAGACGCCCGAGCGCGAGCAGCACCUGCCCGCCUUGCUGCAGCCCCGGGCCCCAGCGGCGGCGGCGGCAACCGCGGGGGCGGCGGGGCCCGGGCCGGCGGCGGGCUCGGAGGCUGAGUGCGCCGCGGGAGGCGGCGGCGGGGAGCACGCGGACAAGCUGAGCCUGCACAGCGAGAGCGACAGCGGCUACGGCUCCUACACCCCCAGCCUCAAGUCCCCCAACGGGGUGCGGGUGCUGCCGCUGGGGCCGGCCCCGGCCGGCUCCUCUUCGGCGGCUCUUCCCCGCGGGGCGGGCCCCAGCUCGUCCCUCACCUGCCCGCAAUGCCACCGCAGCGCCUCCCUGGACCCGCGCGGCCUCCGCGGCUUCCCGCGCAACCGGCUGCUGGAGGCCAUCGUGCAGCGCUACCAGCAAGGCCGGGCCGCCGCCAAGUGCCAGCUCUGCGACCGCAGCCCGCCCGAGGCGGCCACCGUGGCGUGCGAGCAGUGCGAGGUGCUGUACUGCGCCGCCUGCCAGCUCAAGUGCCACCCGACCCGGGGGCCCUUCGCCAAGCACCGCCUGCUGCCCCCGCCCAGCCUCCCGGGCGGGCCCGGCAAGGCGGCGGGGGGCGCCCGCAAGUUGCCCACCUGCGCCGAUCACGAGCUGGAGAAUUACAGCAUGUACUGCGUGAGCUGCGGCACCCCCGUCUGCUACCAGUGCCUGGAGGAGGGCAAGCACGGCCAGCACGAGGUGAAAGCCCUAGGGGCUAUGUGGAAACAGCACAAGACACAGUUGUCUCAGGCUUUAAAUGGUGUUUCAGAUAAAGCAAAGGAAGCUAAAGAAUUUUUGGUUCAGCUGAAAAAUAUAUUGCAGCAGAUCCAGGAAAACGGGUUGGAUUAUGAAGCUUGUCUGGUUGCUCAGUGUGAUGCCCUGGUUGAUGCAUUAACUCGUCAAAAGGCAAAACUGCUCACAAAAGUUACUAAAGAGCGUGAGCACAAAUUAAAGGUUGUUUGGGACCAAAUAAAUCACUGUACUCUGAAGCUACGUCAGUCAACAGGGCUUAUGGAAUACUGUCUGGAAGUAAUCAAAGAAAAUGAUCCCUCUGGUUUUUUACAGAUUUCAGAUGCUUUAAUCAAACGUGUUCAGGUGUCUCAGGAACAGUGGGUCAAAGGAGCCUUGGAACCAAAAGUAUCAGCUGAAUUUGACCUGACUCUGGAUAGUGAACCUUUACUACAGUCAAUUCACCAGCUGGAUUUUAUUCAGAUGAAAUUGCCACCAGUCCCGUUACUGCAGCUGGAGAAGUGUUGUACCCGAAACAACAGUGUGACACUGGCCUGGAGGAUGCCACCCUUUACCCACAAUCCAGUGGAAGGGUAUAUCUUGGAACUUGAUGAUGGAGAUGGCGGCCAAUUCCGAGAAGUGUAUGUUGGCAAGGAGACCCUAUGCACAAUUGAUGGCCUUCAUUUCAACAGUACCUACAAUGCAAGAGUCAAAGCUUUUAAUUCAUCAGGAGUUGGCCCUUAUAGCAAGACAGUUGUUUUACAGACAUCUGACGUGGCCUGGUUCACCUUUGACCCCUCUUCAGCCCAUCGGGACAUAGUCCUAUCGAAUGACAACCAGACUGCCACUUGUAGUAGUUAUGACGAUCGUGUUGUUCUGGGCACAGCGGCCUUCUCCAAGGGAGUACAUUACUGGGAACUGCAUGUGGAUCGUUAUGAUAACCAUCCAGAUCCGGCUUUUGGAAUUGCCAGAAUUAAUGUGGUCAAGGACAUGAUGCUAGGAAAGGACGACAAGGCGUGGGCCAUGUAUGUUGACAACAACCGCAGCUGGUUCAUGCAUUGCAAUUCUCAUACAAGUCGGACAGAAGGGGGUGUUUCUAAAGGUGCCACUGUGGGCGUUCUCCUGGACCUAAACAAGCACAGCCUGACCUUUUACAUAAAUGGGCAGCAGCAAGGACCUCCAGCAUUUGAAAAUGUGGAGGGUGUCUUCAUGCCUGCAUUAAGCCUCAACCGAAAUGUACAGGUGACUCUGCACACAGGACUGGAGGUGCCACAGAGUGUAAGACAGCCAAAGCUGCCCAGUAACUAACUGAGCUCCUGCUGCCUAACCCUAUGCUGGAUUUUGUAACCUUUCUAAAUACAAUUUGUCAUUAUUCGCUGUCAGUAGAAAAGCAGUGUCAUCCCUAAAUUAGACUAACACUUACGCAGAACUUUGCUAACUAGCACUGUGUGAUCUGAUAAUUAAUAUUAAUCCACAUCCAUUUUUAAUUUCACACUGGUAACAAGAAUGCUUAUAGAAUGUUUUUUUUUUAUUACAAUGGGUGUGCAUUCCUGCAUUUUAGUACAAAAGCACAUAUAUACAGCACACUAUGGACACAUAGUGACAGCUAAAAUGAGCACAUUUUCCCUUUCAUAAUUGGAUCUGCGCUUCACAUGAUUAUUGUGAAUAGAUGAUUAACAGUGAGGGCAAUUAAUCAUCGGAACAAUUUAUCUAGGGAGGUGAUGGAUUCUCCAUCACUUGAGUUCUUUAAAUCAAGACGGUUAUCUUUUAAUAGCUAUGCUAUAGUUCAAACAGAAGUUAUGGGCUUGAAGCGGAAAUUACUGGGGGAGGUUCAUUGCCCUGUGUUAUGCAGAAAGUCCCUUCUGGCCUUAAAUGCAUUUAUUAAUUAUGCUCCCACUGACUUCAAUGGCAACAAGAUUAGGCCCUAUGUACUUUUAUAUAAAAUUAGUGCUCAUUUUAGUUAGCACUAGGGUAUAUACCUAGUGGGGGUUAAAACUGCUCCAAUAAACCUUAGUACUUCUCAUUUCAGUGUGACUGCAGUGGCUUUUGGUCUCACAAACGGGAGAACUCAUUUGAGUUACCAGCAACAAUCGUCUUCUGAAAAGGGAGCAGAGGAGAGUCCAGAGAAGUGAUCACAGAUGUUUCUUUAAAAAUGGUAUACACAAAAUAGACUGUGUUGGGAAGAGGAGUGAUACUUUAUAGCCUUGAUCCUGAUAGGUGCUGAGCACCUGCAGUGCCCAUAGACUUCCCUGGGAGCUGUGGAUAGGCAACAUCUCUUGGGAUCAAAGGUCUUAAUUUUCUACUCAGCUGGGAUGAACUAAUUAAAGCCCUGAUCCAGCAAAGCACUUAAGCACGUGCUCAAAUGCUUUGCUGAACUGGGGGCCUAAAAAUCUUGUAGGUUUUGACUUUAUCCUGCAACUCAGGAAUUGUGUGAUCACCUGAAACAUAUGAAAAUGAGAAGCCUUGUCCAAUGGCAUCCACAAAAGUAAGUGACUGAUUGGCCACUGAUGGUUUCAAUCCAUGGCAAUACUAGACAGCACCUUUGCCAGCAUGCAGUCAGCAGUAAAUAUUUUGAUUCUCAAUUUCUUUCUCUCUCUCAACAAAAUAAUGUGUGCAUGUGUGUAUUUUUCUGAGGGAAGAGUGGUUAACUGAGCUAAUUUAUAGUAGCAAGCCCCAACAGAUUGCAUCAUGACACUGCACCUAGAACUCUGCCCUCAUGAUCCAGCCUAAAUGUGGUGCUAAUAAACAGAAACACCAUAGCCUGCUGCAUACUAUUGUUAUACUAUUUCCUUUUGAAUCAUGCUUCCUACACACACACAUCUGUACACAUACACGUGUACACCGAUGCCCUUUAUAUAUAUAUGGCACACAGAUUUUAAUAUGUUGUGUGGUGAGUAUACCUGAAAAACAAUUUUUAAACCAAAAUUCCAGCUCACUGCCUUGUGUAAAACUGUAGGCACAGGUCUAUCCAAGGAGCUCUUCAUGGAUGGGAUGCUGGAAAUCAGGCACAUUGCUGCAGGCGCACAUAUGAUCUCCAGCUUAAGUGCAUUCCCCACUACAGGUAAUACCAAGUGAUGGCAGAUUCCACUGUGACAGAGGGUCUUGCACUUCUGGUUACAGGAAAGAUGCCAUCAUAAUGAACAGCCAUUGGGGAAGGAUGAAAAAUGGGGUAUUAGAGCAACCCAGAAUGAAGUAGUAAGUCAAAAGCAAUCUAUAACCAUCUGUGCAGGAUGCUUAUAUCCACCCAUUCAUUUUACCCAGCCUCCCCUUACAGAACAGAAAUGUAGCUUCUUUUAUAUCACAACUGAACUAGAAAGCAUAACAGAAAAAAAACUCCUCGAACUGUUAAGUGAAAAAGCAGAUAUGCUUUCCUCCAAGACCGUGAUAUGUUCUAUUAGUGCAUUUUAAGACAUGGAAAUAACUGUUUUGUAUUAAUUUCAGUUUGUUAAAAGUUUAGCAGAGAUCAACUGUGUUUUCUUUGUCUGUUUUUAAAUACCAUCUGACCCUGUGCAGGAUUUUUUAAUUCAGUGGGUCUGUUUUAAGCCUACCUCAGCUAGAAUGCUACAGGACCCUGAAUUUCCUCUUGAGUGUGCUCAUUGUAAAGUUGUCUUCUGCUAACGUAGAAGUUGUAACAGUAGCCUUGGCUUUGAGUACAGCUUUACCGAGCAGCACAUGGGAAUGGUGUGUUUUAAGUUGUAUAUGGAUUUUUAUACUACGUAACAUCCUGUGACAAUUUUGAUACAAGAAAGCACUCCACUUUUACUUUUUUUAUUAAAAACAAGAGCACUGAUUGUAUAGGACAUAAGGACUGAACUUUUAUCUUUACUCCGAAUAUCUGUGAAGUAAAAUUCACAUGAAUUUAAAUCCUUCCAAUCCACAACCCCUGCCAGCUGUUUAAAGUGAAUUCUGAAAGGGUUUUGGAAUUGCUUUUGAUAUCUAUGUUGUUUUUGUUUUUCAUAAGUGCUUCUGUAUCAUUCCUUGUGUGUCACUCCUCAGGGUGCAGUUGAAGUUGAUUUUUCUUUUUAUUAAUGAAAAAUACAGACUGAUACAGGUUUCAAAGAGCUAAUGAAAUGUGGUAGGGGCACGCUCCAAAUUUGUGCAGAAACACAUGGACCUCUCCAUUGCUGUUCUCUACACAUUCCAGCACUGGUAAAAGUGUGAUGCAGACUAGUUUAAACUGCAGUCCCCUUCCAACCUAGAGAAACUGCAGAAUGGAGCAAUUAGAAAUAUAUAUCCUGUAUUAACAUUGUCAGUUUUAAUUGGACUAAGUCUGUAGAGGGUGAGUCUAUUUUUGGUUGCGUAUGUGUUUUAACGACUUAUAUUUGAAACUAGACCAAGUUGCCCUUAUGAAGAAAAUUUUAAUGACUUAAGCUGCAUGCAUUUUGGUAGCUUGUCUAACAGUGGUAAUGAAAAAAUAAUUAGAACUAGACUUAGACUAUGAGAUUAGUUCUGCAUUUGAAUACACAUGCGGAGCUCCCAUGGAUUUCAGUGGGAACCUCAUGUGUAUAUGUGAGGGCAAAAUUUGUCCCUUUAAGACCGGCACUGCAUGAGGAAUGAAAGCAAUUCACUCCUCUGUUCAGGCUGGAAGUAAUUCACUCCACUGCAGAUCACUAACACAAGGCCCUUCCACCCACAAAGCCCUGCAGGCUCUGUGUUCCUCUUCUCAAUAUCUGUGCACAGAGGGGAGCCUGUCUCUGUAGAAAGUGGGGGGAAGAGCAGUCUCACCUCAGGCGCAUAUUCCUCUCCCUUCCACUUCCCCCAAGCACCUCCUUGGGGCUGCAGCUCUGCAGGCCUUCAGGGGCUUAGGGACCUACCUAGGCUCCUGCAGCUUCUCCUCACACAAGCUCUGGGGAAUACAAUUUAAAAGUAAAACAGUCUUUCGCUGAAUUAACUCAUGUUGCCACAACCCCAACCCCUUCUUUAGCAGGAAGCCCAUGGGAGCAUGGUUCUCGCCGAAGUUGAUGGGCUGUUGAUGGGCCAGGAAGGACCAGGAUGGUAGACCAGGGACAAGGGAGUCCAUUUGGGAUGCCCUUUGCUUCCUUGAGAUCUGUGUAGAUCUUUGGGGGUCAUGGGAGAUCAAGCUUCCAGCUUCUUGUGUGUGAAACUCUGCCUCCUGGCCAGCUGGACAAGCAUAAAAGUUCUCUCAUGGAGUUUCCUCUUCUCCCCUGGGACAGUUUAUCCCAGAUGAGGGACAGCAAGGCCUUGGAAUAAAUCUUACCUAUUACAGUUUGCCUGCCUGGGUGCAGACUCCACAAGACAGAGGUAAAUUGAUUUACAGAGUUUAAAAAAAAAAAAAAUCUUGACCCCUGAGAGCUUAAAUUCUGUUUAAAUUAAAAAAUUCAGGCAUUGACUCCUGAAUCCACACACUUGGAUUGUCUCUACCACUGUGAAAGAAAAAGACUACGGUUUGGAGAGUGACAAGGGUCCCUUAUAAUUUCCAUCACACCGCUGUGUGAUCCAGAACAUUACCCCUUGUAAGCCUUCCUCUACAGAUUUCCCCAGUAUGUUCAGUAAAACAGAUUAGAAAACUUGUGCGGCUGUAGAAAGUGGUGGGAGAGGAGUUUCACCUCAGGACCAUGCUCUUCUCCCUUCCCCUACCCCAAGAACCUCUGUGGGUUCCAGCUCUACAGUGCCACACACCAUUGUCAGAGCCACAUACUGUUGUAGGCCUAUGCAGCCACUACUGGCUUCUUUUAAUUAGAUCUUUUCAACAGAAGCUCACACAAAAGUGUUGCUACAACCUGGUCAGUUUGCACGUGGGCCUGUCAGACAAUCCCUUGUUAUUUCUCAUUUUAAAAGGUACAUAAAAAGCGCAUAAUAUAUAUCUUUAAAAUGUAAAUGUUAGUGAAGAGAGCUGUGAUUUAUCCAGAAUUUGUAGUGCAAUUUGGCUUCUUAAAUUUAGAAAAGACAGGUGAAACCAGUGUCGUCUCCCAUUAUAGCCUAUAUAAUUAAAGAGAGCUAUAGAGGACAAAUAUACUUAUAUUGGACUGAAGGAAAAAAAUUCAUGAGAUUACAUAUAUCAGAAUUUAAGAGGAAAAGUAUUAAUGUAAUUUAUUAUAUACAUAAUAUUCCAUCAUAUUGUAAAUAAGAACAUUGUAAUGUAGUGCUGUAAUUGGUUUUUGGCUGGUAAUCUGUUGUUGUUCUGUAGGUGUUGUGGGUUUUUUUUUGUUUUGUUUUGUUUUGUUUUUUUUAAGUAUAAUUAAAAAAGAUGGCAAAGAGCACUGGAUAUCCUAGUUUCUUAGAUGUUCUAGAGCAAGAAGAAAUGUGAUAUACAGUUUUUUUGCCUUCUUACUUUAAUAUGGAGAUUAUUGAAUAAACUAGGUUAAAGAGAUAAAAUCAAGGCUAAUCCACCACCAACAAAUGCAAAGCACUGGGUCUGAGAUUAUGAUCUAGGGGUGUUUACCAGAAUACAGCUCUGCUUUGCCAACCUGGUCCCAUGAGAAGGUAAGAUGCUGAAAAGUACUGGAAUCCUGCAUUCCAAAACAGAUAGUUAAUAAAGCGAAACGGUUAGGCCUAAUCUCAGGCUUUGCCACCUUUGCAGGGUCUUUUUUAAUAGCAAAGCAGAGCAUUAACCUUGUUGUAGAGUAAUAAUAAAACAUUUUGGCCAGCUCAUCGAUGGAAGAGAGAUUACAAGCUCAGUGAGUCCUUCAGCAGCUUAAAGUAAUAUAUCAAACAUUACAAAAUGGUAUGUUCACAUGUAAAAGACCUCACUGAUCCCUGAAAAUAAGAUUAUCUGUCUUUUUGUUUUGUUUUAAAGGAAAUGAGCUGUUUCUCAUUUUUAUUGACAGCAUUUGUUUGGGAUUCCUCUGAUCAGUAAUGCUGGAUGUCAACAUGAAACAGAAUGGGAACUUCAAGCACAAAUCCAUUUAAAAUGCAUAAAGGCUUCUUAGGUGCAGAAGCCCAUGCAAACCACAGAGAAUAGAUGUUCCAGGACUUCUGCAUCCUUGCACAAUAUAGAAAAUGGAUGUGUUUUUUACUGAAACGGGUGUUCAGUAGCAUUUCUGGGUCAAAUGAGCUCAUCUGACAGCUAUGCUGCAAGCAAAUCCAAGUAGAACAAGAUGCAAAACUAAAUUCCAUGCCACUUGGAGAAUCUCCAAGUUUAUAUAGUCGAUUGGUAUGUGAACAUUUAGGGGUCCAGACUUCAUUUUCUCAAUACAGCAAUCAUGAUGUUAACCCAAUACACCAUUGCAUAAAUGCUGUCAAUAAAAAUAUCAAGCUUUCUAACUAAUGAAUGAAGCACAGCGAGGAGACACAAUGUGAUGAAAUGUCAGAAUUAAUGCAUGAGGUAGAACUGCUGUUUUUUCUCCAAUUGUGAUAUGAAGCAUGAAAGACAUUAAUUUAAAUGUUGGCAAAAAAAAGUACAAAGGAACAAAAUAAGUGUUCACAUCUGGUUAAAUAAAAGACAAAACUUGUUUCCUGAUUUCUUCCUAACCAUGACAUUUUUACUUUCAUAAUUUUCCAUAGUUUCCAUCAAUUGGAGCUGGUGGAAUAUACAUCACUUCUGUAUAUGUACGUCACCAGAUCAAAAGGAAAAAAAUAAACUUUUUAUAAUUUUGUACCUGUAGCAAAAGUUUGUAUGUUUUUAAUUGGAAACAAAACUUUUUUUGUCUUUUGGUCCAAAUCUGACUGUGUAUUAAUAUCCUUUUUGGAAAACCUGACCUAUGAGUUUAUGCUGUUUUACAGAUUUUAAAUAAAUUCUUAAUACACUGCCAACAAAUUCA